AUGGUAAUCAUCGCUGAGGAAGGAUGCGAGUCAUUUUCUGAUUAUGACAGCUCAGACAGCGGCAACUAUGAGGGCUCACUUUCAAUCAUCAUUCGCAACAAUAGCCGAUUUGGUCGGCUUCACAGCUAUGUGAAUUGCUUGAUGAACCUUGCUCCUCUUAUUCAAAGACGCUCUGACAUUAUGCGAGAAAUGAUGAAGGCUGAGCUUUAUAGAAUCGAAAACAGAUUUCGCUUAUCUGAAGCUGCAAAUUCACAUGCCAUGCGCAUUCGAGAUCGGUAA